UUGGGUUUAUUACAAAGACUAUAUUGUUGGACCUACUGCUAGGUAUUUAAGUCAAGGAAUGACUUAAAGUUGUGAUUUUGAUGAAUAGGUAAAGUUGUAUUUGUCUAUUGAGUUUUUUAUGAGCAGAUACUUUGGCUUGAUUCAAUGAUAGGUUGGAGUUCUUUUGCUUCAAAAAAACUUAAAAUUGAGUAAUUGGCCAAUGAGUGGUGCUUUAAGAGUUGUAGUAUGUUUUGAUGGUUCCUUUCAGUGAAUGGGUUUGAAUGGGUUUCGUUGGUCGAGUGAGGUCUGGCUCUUUACUUGUUAUUGGAUUCUCAAAGUCAAGGAAUGAAGUUUUGAUUUUGAUGAAUAGGUAGAGUUGUAUUUGCCUAUUGAGUUCUCCUGAGCAGAUACUUUGGCUUGAUUUAGAGUCCUUUCGUUUAAAAAUUCAAAACCGACCAAUUAGUGAUACUCGAUGAGUGGUUCUAGUGGCUUUUUAUCCUAUGAAUCAGUUUAAAGGGAUUUACUUGGUUGAAUGAGGUUAGCAUCUUUAUGUUGUGUUAUUGGUUCUUAGUGGAAUACCCAAAGAGGGCUGAGCAUGUAAGAACCAAUUAUGUUCGCAGUUUUUUCAGUGAUGGAGCUUAAGAAAGAAUAGAUUGAAUCAUUUGAGCCUGUUACUUAGAUGCUUGUUACUCUUCUUUUUCCAGGUCUUGGGGGGUUUUAAGCAAAAAACAUGUUUGAUAGUAUUGGCGGUGCUGUUUUCUCGAUUUAGCUGUGAACUUUCUGCGUCCUACCCCCAAUUGGAAAUAAUUGUUUUAUGAGGCCGUCAUGGUUAGUUGACAGUAAGAGAAUUGCAACAAAAAUUAAGAGUGCGUCAGGUGAUCCUGGAGCAGUGAAUUGGAAGAGCAACCCCACAAAAGCUUGCCCUAAGUGCCAGUUUAUCAUCGACAAUAAUGACGUUAGCAAUGACUGGCCAGGAUUACCAAGAGGUGUAAAAUUUGAUCCAACUGAUCAAGAGAUUAUUUGGCACUUACUUGGAAAAGUUGAAGUUGGCAGUCGAAGUUCCCAUCCUUUUAUUGAUGAGUUCAUUCCAACUGUUGAUGAAGAUGAUGGAAUCUGCUAUACGCAUCCUCAAAAUUUACCAGGUGUUAAGCAGGAUGGAAGUGUCUCACACUUCUUUCACCGAGCAAUUAAGGCUUAUAAUACAGGAACGCGUAAGCGUAGGAAAAUACAUGGUGAUAAUUUCGGCGAUGUCCGUUGGCAUAAGACCGGUCGGACAAAACCUGUUAUCUUGGAUGGAAUUCAAAGAGGUUGUAAGAAGAUUAUGGUUCUUUACAUAAGCCCAGUUAAGGGCGGGAAAGCCGAGAAGACAAAUUGGGUGAUGCACCAGUAUCACCUAGGAACCGGGGAAGAUGAAAGGGAGGGGGAAUAUGUUGUGUCUAAAGUAUUUUAUCAGCAGCAGCAGCAGGUCAAGCAAGGUGACAAAAUUGAACAAGAAUUGCCCGAAGACGCUGACUAUCUGGUUGCUAAGGUUGAUCCACAUACCCCCAAGUCUGUGACUCCCGAACCCCCUCGCGGUGAGAGGAUAUCUUCUAGUAUGGAUGCAAGACAGCAAAUUGCCGCUUCUAGCAUCAGUCCCACUACCCAGUAUCAUGAUGUGGAUUACACAGAAGAUGACAUGGGAGCUCUUCCUUAUCAGACCGAGAAUCAAGAUCAAAUCAUAGAGAACCAAAUUGAUGAAGAUGGGACGAAAGUUGAUAACGAGACUGGUGAUGACCCGAAAUGGUGGGAUAGCGAGUCACAGUAUUUGCUAGAUUCUCAGCAACUUGUAGAAGGGCUAUCCUUAUGUGAUGAUCUCCUGGCGAGCCAAUCUCCAAAUAGGGAUGAACAUGACAAUGACACUGACAAAAACAAAGAGAAGAAGUGUAAACCUAGUCUUGCUGAUUAUGCUCAAUUAGGACCGGAGGAUCUGAAGAAGGAUUUGGAGGAGUGCCAACAUUUGGUUCUUGAUCCAGCCAACAUAGACAUGGACACCCCCCCUGAUUUUCGACUUAGCCAACUUGAGUUUGGAUCACAGGACAGUUACAUUGCCUGGGGCGGAAGCAAGUUUGGUUUUGAUUCUGGGGAGCAUGUUGGUUAGGAGAAGUUGUCGAGACUGCUAAUCGUUGUUGUCACGAUUUUUGUGAAGCUUGCGGCAAACUAUGUCUGCUGCAAGUUAAUGGAAAUUAAUACUCGACGCAACUUAUUAAUCUUGUAACCAAUGCCCUAAAGGGACCUAAGGUUUUUUUGUGAUGCGCAGAUCAUUGACUGAUCUGGAUUUUUAGCUUACUUAACUUUGUACAUAAAUGUUUAUGACUUCACAACUUUGCAUGCUUGCUUACUUUGUGCUUGUUAGAACUCUGUUUUUCUACCUUGUGCUUCA